AUGCCCACGAUCCACGUCCAGGCUGGAUCAGCAGCCCACCUCCAGGAAAUUGCCGACUCGCUGUGGAAGGCAAAGAAAGUUGUGGUCGUAACAGGGGCCGGUAUCAGCACCAAUUCCGGAAUUCCUGAUUUUCGCUCAGAAAAUGGCUUGUAUUCCAUGAUUCAAAGCCAAUUCGAUGCUGCUGCCAGAUUAGAUGGAUCCAAGAACCGCGCAAAUGGGGUUUCAUCAGACGACAGUGGUGACGAGCUGCGUCCCAAGAAGCGCAGAAAGACAUCAUUAGUCGGUGAUACCAUCGAGGUCGGUGUUCCAAACUUGGACAGGGAACCGACAGUUGAAGGCGACAGCAUCAAGGUCUUGAGUCCAGACGACAGUCAGAUCUCAGACGCGAGCGAAGGCGGAAAUCCUGGGGACCCAGCACACAAAGAUGAUGCGAGGCCAAGCGAAGGGACCGAUCCCGAACAUGAGCGGAGAGACCCAGGAGAGGAAGAGGUUGACCUGCUCACCGAGAAAUCAGUGCUGGCAAGGGAAUCUACCCCCCUCGAACGGGAUGCACAAGAGAACUCUCAGCACGAGUCCAACGGUCGAGGCCUAUGCAGCAAAGAUGCGGACAAUAACAGGGAAGAUAAGAAGCCGGUUGCUGAGACCUUGCCAACCGACGGGCGCCACGAAGAGGAGGAGAAGGACGGCGCAAACGACACGGCGCAGCCCAUUGCCACAGACGGAGCAAAAGAUCAAUGCCGACAAGGAGGCACCCAGACGGCUCCCUCCUCGCCCGAACCAGACCGAGGGGUAGAACAAGAAAAGGGCAAACGUGCGCUUGGCGUUGGAAAGCUGCGACCGGACAUUGUCCUUUAUGGCGAAGAACAUCCCGAGUCGCAGCGGAUAUCUGAUAUCAUUCAGCAUGACCUGUCCCUUGCGCCAGAUUUGCUGAUUAUCAUGGGCACUAGUCUCAAAGUUCAUGGCCUCAAGACCGUCGUCAAGGAGUUUGCAAAAGCAAUACAUAACAAGAAGGACGGCAAAGUUAUUUUCGUAAACUACACGAAGCCUGCUGACAGCGUUUGGGCGGACACAAUUGAUUUCUGGGUAGAAAUGGACUGUGACGCUUGGGUACACGACCUGAAAGAAAAGAAGCCUAUCAUUUGGUCGCCACCCGGUACCAUUGACGAGGAAUCUCGAAGCACAAAGAGAAGACGCCGAACCAACGUCGACUCAGAAAAGGCAGUGGCCAAGAGAGAUAGUCAGGGCGAAGGUGCUGACGAAACACCUGUGAGCGAACUCAAGACCAUGGCAAAAAAGGCCGAGAAGAAAUGUUCACAGGCGGCAACGAAACCCUGUCCUGUUCCCAAGCCUGCACCCAAGCGGCCAGUUUCUGAGCGAGAGCACAAGGAUAACGGGGCGUAUUGGACAACCAGAAUUAUGGCAAAUCUGGCCUUGAUCAGUGGUCGUGAGGUGAAGAAGUACUCAACGCUGUCGACGACACCUGCAUCAGCGAGGAAACCUCUGGGGGCUGGGCAAGCUGUUUCGAAACCUGCAGAACCGGUCGCGCCGAAACAAGCACUGAGGAAGGGCCGAGGCCCACGCCUUAAGAAUGCGAGGACCAGGAAGCCGGUUCCAGCAGUCGCCACGUCUGAGGGUGAUGCUGUUGGUUCAAAUGCUGUCCAGGAUCUAGCCAGUCGUCAAACCGGCCACGCAGAGGAUCAGAAGCCCGGCGCUGGUUCAUUAUGUGCAGAACGCCCCGAUCACCAGAAACGGGUCACAUCUAGUGGCGAGCCUCCUGCUUCUGUUGUCACGAUGGAGCCAAAGGCGGACCCAGAUGUGAAAGUUGCAGACAAAGUGUCUUCUCAAGGCUCAGGAGAUGACACGAGUCCUACAGCACAAGUCGGCCAAGAGGCCUCAGUGGUGGACUCGCGUGGCAGUCCUGAUAGCAUGGUUGAAAGCAACUCUAUCCUUGCGGCGGUCAAGUCACAUCACAGGAUCAGAAAGCCCAAAGCCAUUUUCGAGCCGAAGCCCAUGUCUUUCUCAAAAUCAGGGCGCGGCACGCCAGCCUCGUCAGCGGGCAACGCGAAAUCCAGGGCGAAGCCAGCGUCACAGGCGAGGAAAGGCAGAGGCUCGGGCAAGGUCGUCAAGACUGAACCUGCUACGGCCACUCGGGUAGAGAAGAGUGCUAUCCUCCCGCCCCCGAUACCUGUUCGUCGUCCGGUCUCGCAGUCCAACACGGGCAAGCCUACCGAAUCAAGGCGACACGGUACUCCUGAUGAAGCCUAUAGACUGGCACCUCUCCACCCAGAGAAUCUCGAGAGCUACAAGUAUCAAGGCCAACACAGUGAUCGACCAUACCCUCUGGCCAAGCCACUCGAACCAAUUUCAAAGAAUUUCGAAGGCCCUUGCCGAGGUCUUGACUUUGUCGGUAUGACCCCGGCAGCGCAGCCAGAUGGCCAGGCGGCAAUGACGGGUACACCCUCGGCCCCUCCGCCACCGUCCCAGCUAGCCACCCAGCUGGCUAUGAUAACGGCGCCUCCGUCAUACAGCUCGUCCGCGUUUGCCAGCGCGCCGGUUAUGUUGCCCCAAAACCCAAGGACUGUGGACUCCCAGCUGCCGCCCCACGCUCAAUCAGUCCACGACAGCCCGAGCCGGCAGCUCCACCAGGAAGAGGCCCUCGAGGCCGCCGCGGCUCUGAGCCAAUUGAGAAGCCCGCCCAUCUUCGACGAGAGGCGCUUCAGGAUCUGA